CGGAGAGGGACAGAGAGAACCGGAGACGUGGAAGCACCACAGACAUGGCUGCCCCUAAAGCCUCUGCGGCUGGUAGCAUCUCCUCGGCCAGUAGCGGCACUAACUUGCUCUUCUCUUCGUCAGCCACCGAAUUCAAUUUCACCGUCCCCUUCAUCCCAGUAAGCCAAGCCCCGGCACCUCCUCCUGCCGCCUCGGGGCCUGGCCUUCUGGCUGCAGAUGAUACUACUGAUGUUGGUGAAGAAGACAGCUUUCUAGGCCAGACUUCUGCAAAUCCUAAUCCUCCACCAACUUUCAGUUAUUUCUCCCAAGUUCCCAGUAGCAGUGAUCCCUUUGGAAGCAUUGGGCAGCCGCCAUUAGGAACGACAUCUCCAUCCCAAGUUGGAACGUCUGUUUUCUCUAAGCCUGCAGUUUCUCUUCCACUUUUGCCUGGCUCACAAGAUGGGCCAAAUGCUUUCUCAUCAUCUCUCCCCAAAUCACAGUCUUUUAAUUCACCACCUACUUCACUACAAGGAGUUGGUUCUUAUCAAAUACCCCAGCAGAGUGGUCCUCCAGCAACUGGCUUUUCAAUUCCGCCUCAUGGCACAUCGCAGCAAGGCUACAACCCAUAUCGUCAUACUACUUUAAGCAGCAGAGCUAAUCCUUACAUCACCCCACCUCAGCUCCAACAAACACAGACACCCACCCAGAGUGUCCAUCCUCCAUCUUCUGUACCACCUAUGCAGAUGUAUCCAACUCCUCCAGGGCCACUGCCACCGUUUUCAUCACCGCAGUCAUCACUGCCACCUCAGACUUCCAUGUCAGCAGGCGCACUAGUAAAGGCACCUCCCGUCUUCUUACAUAAUCAUUAUGAGCCAGUUCAGCCCCACUGGUUUUACUGCAAGGAGGUGGAAAACAAGGAGCUAUGGAUGCCAUUCAGUGUCCUGGAUUCUACAACUCUAGAGGAAGUUUAUAAUUCUGUGCAACCUGAUCCAGAGAAUGUGGUGUUGAGUACUGAUGGGGGACGUUAUGAUAUUUACUUGUAUGACCGAGUAAGGAAAGCUGUAUAUUGGGAAGAAGAACAAUCUGAAGUGAGACGAUGUACUUGGUAUUACAAGGGAGAUAAAGACAGCAGGUUUAUUCCUUAUACAGAGGAUUUUAGUGAAAAGCUAGAGGGAGAAUAUAAGAAAGCUGUUACCACAAAUCAGUGGCAUCGACGACUGGAAUUUCCAGGUGGAGAAACUAUAGUUAUGCAUAAUCCUAAGGUUAUAGUUCAGUUCCAGCCUUCUGCAAUACCAGAUGAAUGGGGUACCACGCAAGAUGGUCAGACGAGACCAAGAGUGGUAAAACGUGGGAUUGAUGAUGAUCAUGAGGAAAUUCCAGAUGGUGAGGUGACUCAAAUUGACCAUUUAGUAUUCAUGGUCCAUGGAAUUGGCCCUGUCUGUGAUCUACGAUUCAGAAGCAUUGUUGAAUGUGUUGAUGAUUUUCGGACCGUGUCUCUGAAACUGUUGCAGACGCAUUUCAGAAAGUCAGUAGAAGAACUUAAAGUGAGCAGGGUUGAGUUCCUGCCAGUUCACUGGCAUACUGCUUUGCACGGAGAUGCAACAGGGGUGGAUAGAAAUAUAAAAAAAAUAACGUUACCAAGCAUAGGACGUCUGCGGCACUUCACCAAUGAGACUCUACUUGAUAUCCUGUUUUACAAUAGCCCCACCUACUGCCAAACAAUUGUGGAUAAAGUAGGAUUGGAGAUGAACCGUCUGUAUGCACUUUUCAUGAGCAGAAACCCUGAGUUUAAAGGAGGAAUCUCAGUUGCUGGUCAUAGUUUAGGUUCUUUAAUAUUGUUUGACAUAUUAUCCAAUCAAAAUGAUUGGGCUUCCGCACCUAAUUCUGUGACUCCAGUUGCUGCCAAUGGUAUUGUGAAAGAUGUGGCUGAAUAUGACCAGCAGUCAACAGUGGAUUCUAAUUCUGCUAGUUCCUUGCUUUCUCUUUCAAAUGAUGAUCGUGAUGUGGAGGAAGAUAUUCCAACCUUGGAAAGAACUCUGGAAAUGCUUAGCUUAUCUGAGUACAUCAGCACAUUUGAGAAGGAGAAGAUUGACACAGAAUCUCUGCUGAUGUGUACAAUUGAUGACCUGAAGGAAAUGGGAAUACCUCUUGGGCCACGAAAGAAGAUAGCAAACUUUGUAAAAGACAGAGCAGCCAAACAGGAACAGAAAAAAGCAGCAAUGGAGAAAAAGGCAGCAAUGGAUGCCUUGACACGGAACCAGGAAGAAGCUGCUCAGGCAGUAAAGAAGGUGGCUGAUUUUGCUAAAUCUUCAGAAUCUGGUAUGCCUCAGGAUCCAUCCAAGCGAAGACUUCCAGUUGGAGCCUCUGUUUCAUCUGUACACAUAGACUAUGAAUAUUUUGAAGUUGGUACUGGUCAGGUAUCUGUGGUAUACAGCACACUCGACUUUGAGCCAGAGAUUUUCUUUGCUUUGGGUUCUCCAAUUGGUGUAUUUCUCACUGUAAGAGGAGUGGACAAAAUUGAUGAAAACUACACACUCCCCACAUGCAAGGGAUUUUUCAACAUUUAUCAUCCGCUCGAUCCAGUGGCUUACAGGCUAGAACCUAUGAUUAUCUCUGACUUGGACAUAAAACCAGUUCUCAUUCCACAUCAUAAAGGCAGAAAAAGACUUCACCUUGAAUUGAAAGAUUCUCUCUCUCGUAUGGGAUCAGAUCUGAAACAGGGUUUUAUCAGCUCAUUGAAAAGUGCUUGGCAAACUCUUAAUGAAUUUGCACGUGCUCAUACCUCCUCUACUCAGCUUCAAGCAGAAUUGGAGAAAGUGGCUAAUCAGAUCAAAGAGGAAGAAGAAAAAGAUGAGGCAGAAGCAGAAAAGAUUGUUGAAAGUCCAGACUUUUCAAAAGAUGAAGACUUGAGUAUAAAAGUUGGUUUGCUGAAUGGAGGCCGUCGUAUUGAUUAUGUCCUGCAGGAAAAGCCCAUUGAAAGUUUUAAUGAAUACCUGUUUGCUCUACAGAGUCACUUGUGCUAUUGGGAAUCUGAAGACACCGCUUUGCUUCUCCUGAAAGAAAUAUAUAGAACUAUGAAUGUUUAUCCUGAACAGCCGCAACAUUGAUGCAUGGAUACCUAUCAUUCCGAAUGUCAUUUCUAAUCUUCCUUCAGACUUGCCAACCAUCUUUUGAGAAGGCAGCGCCAAUUCCCACAGAUGACAGAAGUGUUUUCAGUCUACAGCCCUAUUCUAUACUGCCUUUUUGUUUCAUUUUGAGAGAGAAAAAAUGGGUGGGAAAAAAGAAAAUCAAGUCUGCUCUUAGAGUACACACAUUUUCCCAGCAUUGAAUCAUUUGUGGAAUAGUUGCCAAACAUAAAUGACCCUUCAAGAAAUAAAUGCAAAUUAAUCUGUAAUGGUCAAUAGAUUUAUCAGACCUGUGGCUGUAUGUUUUGGUUAAUUUUUAAAAGGACAUAUUGUUGGUAAACAGCAAUAAUAACCUUUUGAUUUAAUAAAAAUACAA